GCAGCUGUUAGGCGACUGGUGCCGUGCGAAGGAAGGCGAAUCGGUCAUCAUGUUGGACCUUUUCGCGAUAUUCUCGAAGAGUGGAAUCGUCCUCUGGUGCUUCCAGUCCACAGGCGAAGCCUUCACCUCAGCCGUCAAUGCUCUCAUCCGUGAGAUCAUUCUCCAGGGCAGAUCCUUCAAGGAGGAAUACCACCAUGAUCAACUCGCUCUCCGGUUCCGUAUGGACAACGAGUUCGAUCUUGUCUUCGUGACGGCAUAUCAAAAAAUUCUGCAGCUUUCUUACGUGGACAAGUUCCUCGACGACAUACAGCUCGAGUUCCGCGACAAAUACAGACAAGAUCUUGAGAGCAGGAACUUUUUUGCGAACUUCAAUCUCGAUGGCGAGUAUCAGAAGCUGCUCCGCCGUGCCGAAGCGUACGGCAAGGAGAACCGAGCGCCCAAAAUGCGGUCUUUCCAAGAAAGUCAGAAGUCGAAAAAGACUAUGGCUGCACUCAUAGAUAAGAAAGAGACUCAAAAGGAAGUUGAGGCCAGGAAAGAACCAGCGCGUCCUGUGUACAAUGCUGAAGAUGACGAAAUAGCUAAGAAUAAGCAGAAGUUGAUCGAUAGAAUGACAAAGAAGAAAGCCGACUCCCGCAAGAGUCCCCCGUCCAAUAAAGAUAAGAAAGGCAAGAAGGCCCGAGUAUGGGACAACGCAGGCCAGACGACCGAAGGACUCGACUACUCUUCUCCCGACCCUGCAUCUAACGGUGGCGGCGGUGGCGGCGAAGAUCGUUUCAUGCCCCAAACCGCCUGGGUUGGCCAAGCCAGAGGCGACAUAAAAGACAUAGACUACGACGAUGACGAGUCCGACGAAGAGGAUUACGAUCAACGCGCCGCCAAGAACACAAGUGGAGUUUUCGGCAUGUUCAAGGGUCUCGUUGGACAAAAAGCUCUCACCAGAGCCGACGUCGAUCCCGUGUUGGAGAAGCUGCGUGAGCAUCUCAUCACGAAAAACGUGGCCGCAGAAGUUGCCUCGUCGUUGUGCGACAGCGUCGCGCUCCAGAUGGAAGGUCAAGUCCUGGGAACUUUCCAAAGGGUGGCAUCCGUCAUCCGAGAUACACUCUCCGAGGCAUUGGUGCAGGUAUUGUCCCCGAAACGCCGGAUGGAUCUUCUGCGUGACGUGCUGGACUGUCGACGUCAAGGUCGUCCCUAUGUGAUCGCGUUCUGUGGAGUGAACGGCGUCGGGAAAUCUACGAACCUAGCAAAGAUCUGCUUCUGGCUCAUGGAGAACGAUUGCAAGGUCCUCAUCGCGGCCUGUGAUACUUUUAGAGCUGGGGCCGUCGAGCAACUCCGCACCCAUGUGCGUCAUCUGGACAAUCUCCAUCCGGGCAAGGUCCAACUCUACGAGAGAGGCUACGGAAAAGACGCGGCCGGCAUAGCCGCCGAAGCCAUCGGUUUCGCUCGCGAUUCCCGCUUCGACGUGGUCCUGGUCGAUACGGCGGGGAGAAUGCAAGACAAUGAGCCCCUGAUGAGAGCCCUUGCCAAACUGGUUGUGGUCAACAAGCCCGACCUGCUGCUAUUCGUGGGCGAAGCUCUGGUCGGCAAUGAAGCCGUCGAUCAAUUGACUCGUUUCAACAUGGCGCUUGCGGACCACAGCAAGAUGCAGGGGAGUCCGCGUCUGAUCGACGGGAUCGUUCUCUCGAAAUUCGACACUAUCGACGACAAGGUCGGAGCCGCAGUUUCCAUGAGUUACAUCACUGGACAACCGAUCGUCUUUGUGGGGACCGGACAGACUUACGUUGAUUUGAAGGCUCUGAACCCGAAAGCUGUGGUCAAAGCCCUCAUGAAAUAAGACUCUCGCAUUCCAUGUUAUGCUCGGAGGUUCUCUCUGCCUCAAGCCAUGAACGAACAUUUUCUUGUGCGCCCGAGACUGAAUGCCCUCUUACUGACAGACAGCUCAUCGGGGACGAUUUAAUCCUUAAUCCGAGUGUUUUGUACGCCCAAACGAAUACACUUCCCGUCUUUUGUUA